CCGCGUCCCCCGGCAGGUGCGCGCAUGUGCCGGUGGCUGCCCCGCCCAGGCUGAGGAGCGCGGCGUGGCUAUCGCGGGACUUGCGCGGCCGGGACGCCGACUUGCCCGUCUCGGUUGCGUAGGUUGCGAGCCUGCCGGCCGGUUGCACGCGAGAAGGAGCUUCUUCGGCAGAAUCUCCUGCUGGGGCGCGUCGAGGGGUGUGCGAGCGUCUUCUGGGUUUGAUUUAAAUAAAAGAUGGACUGGACUGGAAAACAUAACGGGCCAAAUGAUACAACCAAUGAUGGAACAGUGGUACGACUUCGAGGCCUGCCAUUUGGCUGCAGCAAAGAAGAGAUUGUUCAGUUUUUCCAAGGGUUGGAAAUCGUGCCAAAUGGGAUAACAUUGACGCUGGACUACCAGGGGAGAAGCACAGGGGAGGCCUUCGUGCAGUUUGCUUCAAAGGAGAUAGCAGAAAAUGCUCUGGGGAAACACAAGGAAAGAAUAGGGCACAGAUAUAUUGAAAUCUUCAAAAGUAGUAAGAGCGAAAUCAGAGGAUUCUCUGACAUGCCAAGAAGAAUGAUGGGACAACAACGACCUGGACCAUAUGAUAGACCAUUAGGAGGAAGAGGGGGUUAUUAUGGAGCUGGGCGUGGAAGUAUGUAUGACAGAAUGCGUCGAGGAGGUGGUGGAUAUGACGGUGGAUAUGGUGGCUUUGAUGAUUACGGUGGCUAUAAUAACUAUGGCUAUGGAAAUGAUGGCUAUGAUGACAGAAUGAGGGAUGGCAGAGGCAUGGGAGGACAUGGCUAUGGUGGAGCUGGAGAUACAGGGUCGGGUUUCCAUGGUGGCGGUCAUUUUGUUCACAUGAGAGGACUGCCCUUUCGAGCAACAGAAAAUGAUAUUGCUAAUUUUUUCUCACCAUUGAACCCUAUAAGAGUUCACAUUGAUAUUGGAGCAGAUGGAAGAGCCACGGGAGAGGCAGAUGUGGAAUUUGUAACACAUGAGGAUGCAGUAGCUGCCAUGUCUAAGGAUAAAAAUCAUAUGCAACAUCGAUAUAUUGAGCUAUUCCUGAAUUCAACUGCUGGAGGUGGUUCUGGCAUGGGAGGCUACGGCAGAGAUGGAAUGGAUCAAGGUUACGGCUCAGUUGGUAGAAUGGGAAUGGGCAGCAAUUACAGCGGCGGAUAUGGAACUCCCGAUGGCUUGGGUGGAUACAGUAUGUAUGCGUGACCUUGUGUCAAUUGUUUGCAGGUCGUGGCAGUGGAAAUAGUGGAGGAUACUAUGGGCAAGGCAGUAUGGGUGGAGGAGGCUGGCGUGGGAUGUAUUGAAGGAUAUAGCCUUGCUUCUGCAAAACAUCUGGAAGAAACAGUCUCUGGUCUACUAGACUUUCUUACAAAAUUUAAUUUCUUUUGUAUUUUAAGAACUUUAUAAUGACUGAAGGAAUGUGUUUUCACAAUAUUAUUUGGUAAGCAACAGAUUGUGAUGGGAAAAUCUGUUUUCUGUAGGUUUUAUUUGUUGCAUACUCUGACUUUAAAUAAAUUUUUAUAUUCAAACCACUGAUGUUGAUACUUUUUAUACUAGUUACUCCUAAGGAUGUAUUACAUAUUCAAGACUACAGUCGGUUUAAGAUGUUGUACUAUGGUUCAAUAAAGGUGGUUGUACUGUAACUCCUAUGAACACUGAUUCAGUUCUAUGUAAUCUUGGUGUAGUGAAAGAGUUUGAAAAAUUCACUUGUUUAAGGGAAAAAAGGUAGAUGAAUAGAGUAGUUUAUUGGGUAACAAAUACUUCCCAAACCCUUUUGCUAAGUUGUAUGUAACAGUUUCCAACAUGGCGUACAGUCGUGGUGGCUGAAAGUCGUGGUUGCAGCUUUCUGCAUUGUGCUGCCAGAGUCCAUCAUCAUCUUCAAAUGCACAGCUGCCUCAAGGAGCAGUGCCCAAGGUUUGUUCCUCCACCAAACCAAGCCAAAAAGUUUAUUUCCGUGCUUUGCUGUAGAGCUCUUGAUCCUGCAUUUUGCACAUGUAACUUGCAAAGCAAACUAAAACUCUAGCACAGCUUUUGGUGAACAUGGAAUAGGUGAAGUACUAGUUCAUUUGAAGCUAGCAACAUAGUGUUGUUUUCACAAACACUGCUCUUGGGAGGAGGGGGGAAUUUGGAAGAAAGAUUUUCUUUCAUGAAACUUACAUUUAAACAUGAUUCAGCCUUUGCUUGUACAGAGCUGAUUCAUCUGUCAUUUGUUCAAAACUUGACAAGUCACCAUAUGGAUGAGCUCAUUACAAGCAAAGUAUUUCUAAAAUCUAAGCCAAAUACUUGUUAAAUAAUACAACCCAAACGUCGAUAAAACUUACUAUGCAUUUGUGACAUGUAAGAAACUACUGUUUGAAGACACUUAACGUUACCUGAUGUGUAAUGAAAGGUAUUUAUUCUUCUGAGCCAGUGUGACUUCCCAAACUAACUGCUUUGUCCUCAAUGCCUCCCUUAAAAUGUCAAAUGUGAUCUUGGGUAUUGAAAGUCUGUCACCUGUUUUGCUAGUACUGUGUUAUAUAUGUAAUAAAUGUCUUCUUGUGGGA